AUGGAGCACCUCGCUGGCCACCUCAACCUUGCUCAAUUUCCAGGAGCAAUAGAGUGUAUAUCCUCCCUCCUUGACACGUCCUCCUAUGGUGAUCAAGAAGCUCUCCAUUUGCCAUUUCUGAUUGGGCGUAGCAAGCAGAGGAACAGGAGAAGUUGGAUACACCGAUUUUUAGCGCAGGAAAAUAAAGAUGGUAACCUGAAAGUUCCAGAAAGCCCCUUCGGGAUCAUGUUCGGCUUCUCGCUAGAACAGAUUCACAAGAUAUAUGGUGCUCUGGAGAAUGAUGGUAGCCCAGUGAAACACAGCGAGAAUGGUGAAGGAAUUGAUGAGGAUCUUGUUUUGCCAGGAUUGAGAAUUCUAGAGAAAUUGGCUCACGAUAGGCAUAACUGCAAAUUGAUAUGCAACACCAAGGAUCUUCUCUCAAAAGCAGUUGCGCCUGUAAGCUCCGACAACUUGGUACAAGAUAUCAACAGCAAUGCUGGGUGGACAAAAGUAGUAGACGGAUCAUUAAAAGUGGUGAGCAGGCUCAUGGGUUCGCCAGGCAGCACCAAAGAAGAGAUGCACAGCCUAAUUGCUGGUGCAGCCAACAACUUGGAAGCCAUUCUGGACAUGGAUAUGAUGAGUAACAGCAGUAUCGUAGAUCUAAAGACGACAGCAAUAGAGGUUCUUACACAUUUAGUCUUGCAUCAUCCACCAAGUUCUGCUACAGUAGUGAGAAGAGAUAAACUCAUCAAGGGUGCGGUACACAUCUUCAUUACUAAAGAUUGGAUGAAAGAUUAUUUGAAACAUGAACAAAAGAAAAUCGACAGCCCAACCUCAAGUCACAUGGAGAAGAAGAUGAGACAAGCCAAGGAAAGUGCAAGCCGGCUUAAAGAGAAGGCUGGCGAAGCAUUGGCCAGUUUGUCCAGUAAUUCAGAGGCUUUCAUGAGUUUCACAGGAAGUGAAGAUUUUGCCCAUCGUCUAACUGAAUUGCUUGACUCCAGUAUCAGGACCAUCAAAUGCGAAAUAAGUGCAACAUAUACUGUGGAAGUAGAGAUCAACACGCGCUGUCGUAUCAGCGCGGCAGUCAUUUUGAAGAAUAUGAGAAACUACGUCAAGGAACCAACCUUAUGCAAGGUACUCCUAGAACUGCUUCUUACACAACCAGAAGCAAGUAGCACACCCUGUUGUUGGGAGCGUGUCACCAGUUGCAUUCCAUCAGGCAGAAACGACAUAGAAAACCCAAGCGAUUGUGGCCAAUAUGAGAGCCACACCCAGCAGUGCAGGGAGAGGAGGCUACAAGCAGAGCUGUUAUCACUAGUUGCAGGAAUUCGUGCGAGCAGCAAUGUUAACUUUGCAGAAACCUUAGUUUCGCAGCCGCAGCCAGUUGCCCUGGAAGAAUUUGUGUUGAGGGUCAAGAACAUGGUGGAAGAGAACAUGUAUGCCACCCCUGCGUGCCUGGCGAUACAAAAGCUUACCUGCGAGAUGGUUAUAGAAUUGAUCCAGCAUGAUCGAAAUGCCGAAGUGAUUGAGAAGCACAAUAUUGUUGGAACACUAUCGAGGGCUUCAAAGAUGAUGGCCAGGCUUGAGAGAAACAUGCUUUUCGCCGGUGUGGAUCGUGAUUGCCACGGGGUUGCUCUAAGGCCUCUCUCUUCUGAUCUCGCUAAACAAGCAGAAGAUCUUUUGACACAGAGAAAACAGUUGCUGGGUAUCAAUGGUGGUGUGCCUGCUGGUAUACCGUGAUUGCUACAUAUAUGUUGCUUGUGUGAGUUAAGCUUCGAGAUGCCAAUUGGUGUCCUGCUGAAUGGCUAUGCAAUUCCCACUCACAUGUUUCUCCUAUUUAAA